ACAGCAGAACCUUGCAACAGGGGCGCAGUGAUGUCCAUCCGUGUGUCUGCAACACCUCGUCUCGAGUAAAGACCCUUAGGGUUAAGGCGUAAUAGUAAUAGAACAUAAUUCAGCAAGUUGACCCAUGCGUUGCCAGUAACUGCAAUCUCGUCCUCUUUACCUAGGUAGUCAUCACAGGCGGAAUGGAAAACUUGCUUCCUACCUCGUAUGACGAUGCUACGAUAUACAAAAUCGAUCACGCUGGGCGAGUGAGUCGUGAAAUCUUCCAAACGAUUAUUGGAUUUUUCUUCGCUCUUGCAACGAUCGCGUUACUCGGCCGUGUCGGUGUCCGUCUUGUCAUCCGCCGACGAUUGUUUCUGGACGACUACAUUCUUUUGUUUGGAUAUGCGGCUCUGGUCUCCGCGACAGCAGUCAUUUAUCGGUUCUGUCACCUGAUAUAUGUACUAAACGCUUUCAAAUAUGAGAGGACCGUGAUUCCUACUCUACAGGACCUCCAAGCUAUCGGACAGGCACAGGCAAUCAACUAUUCACUCUUGGCUGCCAUUUGGACGGCAAUCUGCUCAGUAAAGCUAUGCUUUCUGGCAGCACUGAAGUCUCUUAUCGCCAAUGUGUCCAUUCGUGUAACAAUAUUUUACUGGUUUGCGGUAGCGCUAUCCAUUGUAACAUGGUGUCUCUCGUGGACGAUAGCCUGGAUUAUCUGUCCGUACGUUGGCGUCGAAUUAAUCCUGCACUGUUCCCCGGAGACUCCAUUUGUCAAAACAUUAGCACUGAGCAUAAUGGUCGCCUUUCUUGACAUUGUCACCGAUUUGAUGAUCGUUAGCAUACCAAUCUGGAUUCUCCGGAACGUUAGACUCCGGCUGAGACAGAAAUUCGCCAUUGCCGUGUUCCUCUGUCUCUCAAUUGUCAUGAUAGCCACGGGGAUAACCCGCAUGGCUCUGACUCGUUUCAAGGGCCACGACGAUUACACAUCGGAGUACCUGAUUCUGUACCUUGAGGCAUGCAUUGCCGUCCUCAUGGCGUGCCUCGCAGCCUUCCGAAGCGUAUUCGUGGAGACCAAACGCCGAGAACAGGAGGAGCAGCUCAGGCUCCACGAUGUAGCUGACCGUAGAGCGAUUGGUCGGCGACCUGAAAAUCUCCGAGGCCGCAUCCAGCAGAUGAGAGCGAAGGCCAACGAGGAUGCCGACCUUCAAGCUUCCAUCUCCGGCAACAGAAGUUAUUUGCCGAGGGCAAAGUUGGAGGGACCAAAGCUCAGCGGAGUCUUGACCUUCAUCAAUAGUCUCGGAAGUCGCUCGCAGAGCGCAAAGUCCAUGUCGAGCAAAAGCAGGAGCGGGGCUUUGAGUUCCGUCGAUGACAUGGAAACCGACGGCUGGACGCUUACGAGCACGGUGAGGCCGAGCGACGUGGGCUUCGAAAGGCUGCAGACUGGGACAGGGAACGACGUGAGAUCGAUCGGGGCCUGAGAGAGGCGUUCCAAAGAUAGCAGGCUGUACAGAUGGAAAACGAGACCAUUUCAGGGAUAGUCGGGCUAGAGAUGCAGUGUGAUAGACAAAGCUUGCGACGCUGUGCCACGCGCCCUCAUUUGGGAGAAUGUCGAAGUCAGCGGGAACCCUGUCUACAAACGCCCGUGCCUUUCGUGUAGCCCUCGACCCCUGCUCUC